AGAGGACAAAAAAUUCUCUAAAAACGGAAAGGAAAACAAUUUUUUUUACAAACAAUAUCAGUGUUGUGCUCGAUCUGUCGAUUGGACAAUCUUUCAUCUUUCACUCUUCUACGCCCCUGAACGCACGUCACACCGUCUCGAGUGCAGUAAGUGCCACAGAGUGCAAAUAAUUAAGGAAGGAAAAGGAUUUACUCCGAUUCCCGAUCUCGAUAGCGAAUCCUUUCAAUGCUCGUUCACUGAUAGACACGUUGACAGCUGUUGACAGCUAACCUCGUCGGAGUUGCUCUCCGCGCAUCGUUAUCAAUUAGCGGAUAUCACACGGAGAGAUCUCGAUAUAUCAGAAAGAAAUGAUGAGAACAAAAUUGUCGGGGGACAGUCGCAGUGUCGUACAGUUGUAAAAACAUAACCUCUCGCGACCCGAUGACCGUGCGUCCCGAGCGCGGUGACAGGAUUACCGUAAGGUCGAGCGACACCAACUGACUCUAGAGUACACAGACAUGAUUAAGGCGAUCCUGGUCUUUAAUAAUCAUGGGAAACCUCGUCUUUCCAAGUUUUAUCAGUACUUCAACGAGGAUAUGCAGCAGCAGAUAAUAAAAGAGACAUUUCAGCUCGUCUCAAAGAGGGACGACAACGUAUGCAAUUUCUUGGAGGGUGGCAGCUUAAUCGGUGGGUCCGACUACAAGCUGAUCUAUCGGCACUACGCGACGCUCUACUUUGUGUUCUGCGUUGACAGCUCGGAGUCAGAACUGGGAAUCUUAGACCUGAUACAAGUCUUUGUCGAGACUCUGGACAAAUGCUUUGAAAACGUGUGCGAGCUCGAUCUCAUUUUUCAUGUGGACAAAGUUCACUACAUACUUAACGAAUUGGUGAUGGGUGGUAUGGUUCUUGAGACCAAUAUGACUGAGAUUCUCACGAGGAUUGAGGAUCAGAACAAGUUAGAAAAGCAAGAGGCGGGAAUCACAGCAGCGCCCGCGCGUGCUGUCUCGGCCGUGAAGAACAUGAAUAUACCGCAACAAAUAAAGGAUAUGAAGCUGCCUGACUUGCCGCAAGCCAUAAAAGAUCUCAAAUUCUGACCAGCCGUUACCUCGUUGGCACCCAGCUGACUGGUCUCUACUGUCAUCCCGAACGCUACCGACACCACCGUCGCACCGAGGACACAUUUCCCCUCCCUUCAAGCGAGCGAGAACGCACCAAUGCUGCCUGCCACUUCCGCAUAUAUCCCGUCUCAACGAUACCAGAGUUAAAGACCACAGAUGAACCACUUGACCGUUAUCUCCUCCGAAUUACGGUUUCCGCUGACGAAGAAAGUACGAACUACAAGGAAAAUCAAUUUCGAGAAGUUUUUAAACGAGAAGAGAAAUUGAAUGAGAGGAUGUUUCUUAGAUUUUUUUAUAUAUGUAUGAUAGCAGAUAUAUUAAAAAAAUAUCAAGUCCACGAAUUCAACUAUAGUAUUGGCAACUGUUCGAUUGUCCAGUCUAGUAGUCUAGCUCCGCGUUCCGUUACACGUAAGAGAGAUGUCCACAGUUAUUCACUGGAAAUACAAAGCAUUAAUGUUAUAUUGUAAUGAAGAUAUAUUUAAUAAAUAAAAUAGCACUCUAUUGUAAA